CCCAUUCAGCAGCAACUGGCAACCCGACCGGCACUGCCACGUCUGAGCGUCGGUGUGUGCAGUCAGCCGUGGGGUUAACGCUUCUCGUUUCAUUUCAAAUGAUCCACAAGCGGGAGACGUUAGACAUGAAGUAACUGGAGCGACAUGACCUGUUUUAUUCUACAGUGCUCUUAUCUUAUCUCAGCUCGCACACCUGAACGAGAGGCCAAAGGUGUUCAGUUCAGGGUGUGCCAGCCGGCGCACUGUAAAAUGUAACUUCCCCAUAGGCAUAUUAUCCCGUAUGAGGGUGGGGGGAUCCGCGGGGUGAGGGGAGUCCAUGGGAGUUCGGGCAGCUUGGAGACAAGCGGGCCCCUCUCCCAGAGCAUCCCGGCGGACAGGUGUACGGACAUUAUCUUUGGAAGCUGUCCUGAAAAGACCCCGGCUGUGCGUGUGCGUGGCCGCCGCGGGCUUCCUGCUCCUCCUGGCGGCUUGUGCGCGGUACCUGCCGGACCAGGCCGCCCUGCAACAGCAGCAGCCGCCGCCUCCACCCGAGGUGACCCUCCUGAUCUGGACGCAUCCCUUCGGGGAUAACCACGAACUUCCGGACUGCCUGCAACUUUAUCAGAUCCGCGGGUGCAGGCUCACGGACGACCCAUGGGCGUACCCGCAGGCCGACGCCGUGAUCAUCCACCAUCGGGAGAUCGCCAACGGUGACGCGUAUCUCCCACAGGAGCCGCGGCCCGACGCGCAGAAAUGGAUAUGGCUGAACUACGAGUCCCCCACGCACACGUCCGAGCUGUGGCUCGUGGAGGGCGUCUUCAACCUCACCCUGACCUACCGGACGGACUCGGAUAUUUUCCUGCCUUACGGCUACCUGGUCCCCCGGGCGCGCGCAGCGGACGGGGCUCCUGGCGGCGGCCAGCUCUCACUCUCAAGACGCCCGCGUAAGCGCUUCGUGGCCUGGGUGAUCAGCAACUGGUCGGAGACCCACGCCCGAGUGGGCUUCUACCGGCAGCUCCGCGAGUUCAUCCGAGUGGACGUGUUCGGGCACGCCGGGCGGCCGCUGCAGGGGGGCGGCGACAGCGUGGUGCGGCUGCUGCGGCGCUACAUGUUCUACCUGGCGCUGGAGAACUCGCAGCACACUGACUACAUCACGGAGAAGCUGUGGAACGCGGUGCUGGCCGGGGCGGUGCCGGUGGUUCUGGGGCCGUCCAGGCAGAACUACGAGCGCUUCCUGCCGGCGGAGGCGUUCAUCCACGUGGAGGACUUCCCCACGGUGAAGGAGUUGGGCCGGUACCUGCUGGCUCUGAGGGGCGACCCGGCCCGGCUGAGGCGGCGGCACCUGGACUGGAGGAGGAGCUACAGCCUGAGGCAGCCGAGGUUCUGGAUGGAGCACUACUGCACGGCCUGCAGGGAGGUGAGGAGGAGCAGAGGACGGACUCAGACGGUGACGGACCUGAGGAGCUGGUUUCACUCAUGAGAGCCGCGACAACGAGUCGCUUUUAAUUUAUAGAUGAGAACGUCCUGGGAGUUCACCUGGAUUUUGUUUUUCAAAUUGCUACUGGGGAUUGCUUACUCAUUUUCAUAUCAGUGUUUUGUUUUUUUGUUUUUUUAAGUGGACUCACGCUUAUUUGACUGUUUAAUUCCAUAAAGUGAGCAGUCACCAAUUAUAAAACAAGCUAUAAACAUUAAAUUUUUUUUAUCAAAUCACCAAAUACAUAUCAAAUAUGUUGAUCAACUCACUACUGAUCAAAAACAAGUUUGGUUAGUAGGAACUCUGUGUUUCGCCAUCUUUGCACUUUUCUGUAAGUUUGUUUCUGGAUUUGUGGUGCAUAUGCUGCUUCUCCAUGUUUGGUUACGUCCCAGGUCUGAUCAAUAUGUAAUUCAGGCGUUUAAACAAACACCAUAAUAAAGUGACAGAACUGA